UCUCUUGAAAUGUCAUGGAAUCUACGUGGAAAUGAAGCAACAUGAAAGCAGUCAAAUUGAAAAUAAUUGCAGCAGAAUGUCACACUUCACUCAACUUCAGAAAAAUCAGAGGAGAGAGGCUAUUCAAAUGUAAUGAAUGUGGGAAAACAUGCAAUCACAAGUCAAACCUCACAGUGCAUCAGAGAACACAUACAGGGGAGAAGCCCUAUGAAUGUACUAAAUGUGGGAAGUCCUUCCACCAGAAGUCAACGCACAUGGUCCAUCAGAGAGUUCACACAGGAGAGAAACCCUACAAAUGCAGUGAAUGUGGGAAGUCCUUUUACCGAAAGUCAUCCUUCACUCAACAUGGGAGGACUCACACAGGGGAAAAACCCUAUGAAUGUAAUGAGUGUGGGAAGAAUUUCCAUCAGAAGUCAGCUCUCAUUCAACAUCAGAGAACUCACACAGGAGAGAAACACUUUCAGUGUAAUGAAUGUGGUAAAACUUUCCAUCAGAAGUCAGCCAUUGAUAUUCAUCAGACAGCUCACUCAGGAGAGAAACCCUUCCAGUGCAAUGAAUGUGGGAAGUCUUUUCAUAUGAAGUCAACUCUUACUAAACAUCAGAGAACUCACACAGGGGAAAAACCCUAUGAAUGUAAUGCAUGUGGGAAGAAUUUCCAUCAGAGAUCUACCCUCACUAAUCAUUUGAGAACUCACUCGGGGGAGAAACCUUAUAAAUGUGGAGAAUGUGGGAAAACUUUCUGCCAGAAAUCAACCCUUACUAAUCAUCAGGGAAUUCACAUAGGGCAGAAGCCCCAUGUGGCACAAACUGGCUAUGUUUUUCCGAAUACUCAUUUCCUUUUUUGUGUGGGUACACAACUAGUUUAAGAUUUUCUAGCUUUCCCCUGAUCCACAUGGGGUUAUGUGAUGAAGCUCUGGAUCAAAAUGUGGGCAUAAGUGAUGUACGUUAUUUCCAAGCCCGUGAAAGACCUCAUUUGGAAUCCUUCCUACUUCCCACUCUUUCUCUGUCAAAGAUCAUCCUCAGGACAGCUUGGGAGCAAGGCAUUAGAGAUUACAGAUUCACAGGUUGGAAGAAACCAGGGUCUCUGAAUGACUCCUUGAGCAGAGCCCUCCCUUCUCUACCAUGACGCUUAAGUCUUUUCAGGAUCAAGAAAUAAACUUGCAUUGUGUUGAGCCAUCACAUGUUCAGGUCUAUUUGUUGUCAUAGCUUAUCUUAGCUAUCCUGUAUUUCAUAUACCCUGUGAAUCUAAUGAUGGAGUGAGAAACACUGUAUGUCAGAGAAUUCAGUAAGAGAGAAACCCCUGUCAAUAUCCUGCAUUUUAAUAACCCUUCAUCAGCAAGUCAAACAUUUUGUAAAUCAGAUAUUUACCAUGGA